CCGUCACGCGCGAUGCCACUCAGGGUAGAUUAGGCACCAUUUGCCAUAACUAAAUAGUUACAUCGCACACCGAGAAGGGGGAAUUAUUGUAAUUUGCAGCCCACCGCGCUCGGCGGAGAGUUACACUUUCGCUUCAGCGACCCCCCCGAGAGGCGUGUUGCGGCUGUGAAUGCCCCAGACGAGCGGCCCCCGCCCCCCCGUCUCAUCAAACAGAUGUGGAUCCUCUGCUCGGCGUUGGAUGUGGCGUGCGAUCAGAGCCGGCGGCGGCGGUCUUCACUGGAGCUGACGGAGAGGCGGAGAUGUGGCGGCGUGGCUGUUUGACCGCAGAGGAGUCGCUUUGAAAAACCCAACGUCCAAAGUUUCUGGCUCAGCGGCACGAGACAUAACUGGAGCCGCCCAGCCGAGCUGAAGGGGAGGCACAGCUCCACCCGCCUCCAGAACCAGGACCAGGACCAGGACCGGCACCGGGACCAGGACCAGGACCAGGACCAUGGUCUGAGCACGGCGCUGCGCCCACACACUCCGCUCUGCCUCCUCUCCUCCCUCUUUUUUUUUUUUUUUUUUUUUUUUUUUAAUUUAAGCGGUUUGUGGAGGACAGCUCGCCGCCCGGAGUCCGAGUUCACAAAGUGACUCAAACAGGAAGAGAAGCACCGACAGACACGCCCAAGCCCCGCCCCCCUGCCGCCGCCACGCCACCAUGGGGAGGAAAAAGAUCCAGAUCCAGAGGAUCACCGACGAGCGCAACCGACAGGUGACCUUCACCAAGCGGAAGUUCGGGCUGAUGAAGAAGGCGUACGAGCUGAGCGUGCUGUGCGACUGCGAGAUCGCGCUCAUCAUCUUCAACCACUCCAACAAGCUGUUCCAGUACGCCAGCACCGACAUGGACAAGGUGCUGCUCAAGUACACCGAGUACAACGAGCCGCACGAGAGCCGGACCAACGCCGACAUCAUCGAGGCUCUGAACAAGAAAGAGCACCGGGACUCUGAGAGCCCAGACCCCGAGGAGCCCUUCUCCCUCACCCCCCGCACUGAGGAGAAAUACAAAAAAAUUGACGAGGAGUUUGAUAAAAUGAUGCAGAACUAUAGGCUGUCAUCCACGGUGCCGCAGCCGACCUUCUCCAUGCCCGUCACCGUGCCGGUGUCCAAUCAGAACGCGGCGGCGGCGGCGGCCCUGCAGUUCAGCAGCAACCCGGCCGGCGCGCUGGUCACCACCACCUCCUUCGUCACCUCCACCCUCACAGACCCCCGCCUCCUGUCGCCGCAGCAACCGGCUCUGCAGAGGAACACGGUGUCGCCGGGGUUGCCACAGCGACCGGCCAGCGCAGGCGCUCUGCUGGGAGGAGAUCUGGGGAACUCCAACGGAGCGUGCCCGAGCCCCGUCCCUAACGGCUACAUCAGUGCCAGGGCCUCGCCGGGCCUCCUCUCCGUCUCCAACGGCAACAGCCUGGGGAAAGUAGUCCCGGCUAAGUCUCCGCCUCCGCCCAGCCCUCAGAUGGUCGCCAGCCGCAAGCCGGACCUGCGGGUCAUCGCUCCGCCCGGCGGCAAGAGCCUGAUGCAGCUGACGGAGGAGGAGCUGGAGCUGGUGAGUGAGAAUGCUCAGCGGCUAGGCGCCUCCCAGGUGGCGCAGACGCUCACCACGCCGGUGGUCUCCGUGGCGACGCCCAGCCUCCUGGCGCCCUUCUCGGGGAUGCAGACGGCCUACAACACGGAGUACCAGCUGACGAGCGCGGACCUCACGGCGCUCCAGACGUUCACGCCGCCGGGGCUGGUGCCCGGCAACAUGGCCGCCUGGCAGCAGCAACAGCAACCGGCCGUCUCCCAGCAGCAGCAGCAGCAGCAGCAGCAGCUCAGCUUGGCGUCGCUCAGCAACCUGGUCAUGUGGGGGGCAGAGAAACAGAGUGCAGAGAUGAUUAACUGCAUCUCCAAUAUUGCCGCUAACCUGAGGCCCAUGGGUCAGCUACCGCAAGGCGCCGCCCUGACGGUCAACACCAACCCCAACGUCAACAUCAAGUCUGAGCCGGUUUCACCCAACCGAGACCGCAGCACUCCCAGCUCCACCGGCGGCGGCGGCGGCGGGGGCGGGGCUCAGGUCCAGGGUCCGGGUCCGGGUCUGGUGUCGGUGGCCUACCCCGGGACUCUGCGUCUGGAGGGCCAGGGCCGCUCGCCCGUCGACAGCCUCAGCAGCAACGGCAGCUCGUACGAGGGCAGCGACCGGGACGACGGCGCCGGGGGGCGGGGCGGGGGGCCGGACUUCCACCACCCGGUGGGGGGCGGGGCCCCGCCGCCCGCCAUGGUCCUGCUGCGGCCGUCCUCGGCCGAGCCGCCGGAGCAGGACGGGACCAGCGUGAAGAGGAUGAGGCUGGACGCCUGGGUGACAUAGAGGGACGGACGCUCGCCCGGGACGGAGCUGUGUCCCCAAGCCCCGCCCCCUCCACCACCGCCACCCCGCAAACGGCCCCCCCUCCCCGUCACACACACACACACACACACACACACACACACACUCACACAUUAACACCACGAGCAUGCCCACGCGGUCCGAUGUGCACGUGUGGAAACUGACACUCUCACAGUCCCCCAGCCGCCAGUGGGCGGAGCCACCGGUGGGCGGAGCCACCGGAACCAGGGAUUCCCCCACGUCAUUCGCCGCGUCCGGAGGUGGUUUCCCAGCAUGCAUCGUGUUUCUUUAGAGUCCCUGCUGUCCCCUCACUCCACAGUAUGUUUGGUUAGACUCGACGGCGACUGUGCACGUGGCCGUGCACGCCGGUUUUCUCGCUCCAGUCUGGGUCUCUCGGCGCCGGGCGGCUUCGCUUCUGUGUGGAGUUUUUUUUCUUUUCGCCCUCCUGUCUUGAUCUCUGGAGUCGGGAUUUCAGUUUGAACCAUGAAGACGCUCCGCCCAGCCGGCCGGGCUGGGCCGCGGGCCCCCCGGGGCCCCCCGGGGCUCCGGGUAACCUGAAGGCCAGCUGUAAAGCCAGGACUGUGCUUCGAGGGACGAGACCGCUUUUCUUUGAAUCAGGGACGAGCCGGUCCGGCUCCAGACUCUCCGCCGUGUCGCAUUCAGAUGCUGAGAGAAGUACGUGUUUAGCGUGUGUGUGUGUGUGUGCGUGUGUGUGUGUAUACGGGUUUGUUACCUCAGCUGGUUGUUUCUAUUUUCUUUGGACACACUCUGGAUCUCGCCGGUGAAACACACACCUGCGAUGCACAGCGGACGGCGAGGCGCCAUGUAUAUAAGCAAUCUGUAACCUUUGUGUCUUUUCUGUGGCGGGAGGAGGAGGAGGAGGAGGAGGAGGAGGAAGAGCAGGAGGUGUGUGUGUGUUUUAGAAGGUUGGACUAAAUAGAUCAUAUACAGUAUAUAUUUAAAGAGCUGGAGGAGAACUUCAACUGACCACAGGGAUUGUAAAUAUAUAUAAACUAUAUAUUCAGCAGGACGUCCCUC